AUGAAGCUAGUCAGAUUUCUGAUGAAAUUGAACAACGAGACUGUAUCAAUUGAGCUCAAAAACGGCACCGUAGUUCACGGCACCAUUACUGGUGUUGACAUCAGCAUGAAUACACAUCUGAAGACUGUGAAGCUUACUCUGAAGGGGAAAAAUCCAGUUGCUAUGGAUCACCUUAGUGUUAGGGGUAAUAAUAUCCGAUACUACAUACUUCCCGACAGCUUGAAUCUUGAAACAUUGCUAGUUGAGGAAACGCCUAAAGUUAAGCCCAAGAAGCCAACUGCAGGGAAACCCGUUGGGCGUGGCAGGGGUCGUGGGCGCGGUCGUGGACGUGGCAGAGGACGCUAA